GAAGUCCAAUUUGGGGUAUAUAUUGAGCGAGGAGUCAAGGUGGUAAUGAACUAGGGUGUAUUAGGCCCUCCAGCCAUGUGCAGCGAUCGAUUAUAGAUGCACGGUCGCUAUGGCAGAAGUUCAAUUUGACAUUUAGUGAAAUAUAAGAAAGUUUGGGUAUGUCUUCAACGUGGAUUAGGGACAUUCAGUCAUUCUAUCAUUGGGCUGUCAAUCACAGCGAUCCCAGGACAUCCAAAUGGCUUUUUGUAGAAAAUGUACAUCACCCMCUCCUUAUGGUUUUGGCAUACUUGACAAUCGUCUUGGUUGGACCCAAAAUAAUGGAGAACAGGAAACCAUUUACUUUACAAUGGCCGAUGGCUAUAUAUAAUGCUUCUAUGACACUUUUAAACCUAUAUAUGUUUAUAGAGCUUUUCCUUGCAACAAGGGAUGCUGGUUAUAGCUACAGCUGUCAGGAAAUGGUUUACAACAAUGACCCAAAAGAACUAAGAAUUGCUGUGGUGCUAUGGUGGUUCUAUGUGUCAAAGAUGAUAGAAUUUCUAGAUACAAUAUUUUUCAUACUUAGAAAGAAGAAUAACCAGGUCUCAUUCCUACAUGUUUAUCAUCAUUCUACUAUGGUCAUGUGGUGGUGGAUUGGAAUCAAAUGGGUGGCUGGGGGACAGUCGUUUUUUGGUGCUUUGAUUAACUGUUUUGUCCAUGUCAUCAUGUAUUCAUAUUAUGGUCUAUCGGUAUUCCCAAGUCUUAGAAAGUAUCUUUGGUGGAAGAAAUUCCUUACACAAUUCCAACUGUUACAAUUCUGCACCGUCAUGUCACACGGCGUAGUUAGUCUUAAAAGCCAAUGUAAGUUCCCACUAUGGAUGCAGUACGCUUGCAUGGGCUACAUGAUAUCAUUCCUUGUUCUUUUUUCGAACUUUUAUCUCCACGCGUACAUCAUGAAGAAAGUAAGAAAACAUUACGAGAAUGGUGWUGUAAAGCAGGAAAAAAAGAUUGAUUGAUGUCGGACAAUGGAUAUAUCGCUUUUUGAUAGAAAUUGUUUUAUAAAGAUUGAUUUGGUUAUCUUGCGAGCAAAAGUCUCGGCAAGGAGGAAAGAUAGCAUAAAUGAUUUCUUUUGAUUGUAAAACUCAAAUUAUUUGCAAUACCACAACUAUCUAAAGRUUGAUUYACACUGACUAUACAACUUCUCUGAAAACAUCACAUACAACAUGUGAAGACAAACUGCGUCGUGUAAAUCAAGCGAACAACUCACUAGAACUACUUAAAGGUUGAUUUACACUCUACAACUUUUGUCUAUAACUAUCGCAUACAACCUGUGCGCGUCAUACAUGUACAACACGAAUUGCGYYGUGUAAAUCCAGCCAACAACUCACUACAACUAGCUAAAUGUUGAUUUACACUGUACAACUUUUGUCUACAACUGUCGCAUUCAACCUGCCAAAGACAACCAAAAGGUUAAUUUACACAACUUACUGUUACUUGCUGUUUACGUAACGCUCUUUACGUAACGCGGUUCAGUGAACUKACUUUUUAAGCUUGUGUUGUACGUUUGUCUUUCUCAAGUACUCAAAUGUAACGAACGCACAAAAUUAAUUAAAAUAUGACAACRCCGUUCUCAUAAACCACUUUAUUAGCUUUAUGUAAGUUUAUAUCAAAAAUAUAAUCUCUAGGUUGACAAAAAAUUCAUCGUCCAAGAUUACAAAACAGUGUUUUUCCCCUUAUAACCCCACCAUUACCAUAACUUGUGAAAAGUAAAUAUAAAAUAAGUUUAUCCAAUAUGAGUACAUUUGUACAAAAGUUUUUUGUAAUUUAGAAAUUAUUGAAGUUUACGUUACGGACGUAACGUUAAAGAAACAAACGUAGUGUUACUCUUAAGACAUUAGAGUAAGGACAUCAUUGUUACGUAAAUUCUGUUACGUACAGCUAGUUAACAAAUUCUGCAAUGUUACGUAACGUUAAAGGAACCGUACCUAAAGUGUUAAUCUUAAGACAUUAGAGUAAGGACAUCAUUGUUACGUAAAGUCUACAUUACGUGCAGUUAUAGUUAACAAAUUCUGCAAUGUUACGUAACGUUAAAUGAAUCGUACGUAAAAGUGUUGUGAUUAGAACUAGUACAAUAAAACCCGCGAAAUAAAACUU